AUGGCAAAAUCACAUACAAAACACAGAACUUGCUCUCGAGAAUCUUCCGUGACUUCUCUUCUGGCAAGCUGCAGUCUGAGUAGGAAGAAUUCGUCUAAUUCUGAUGGCUCUUUUCGGUAUAAGGAUAAACUAUACGGCUCUGCCUCCCAGGCUCUGCAGGCUUACAUUGAUGAUUUCUAUCUAAGUCAAGUGUAUCCUGGUACAAGCACCGGAAAGGCGAACACUGGCAAAAGUUCCGUUAAUACGUCAAAAUUCUCUCCAUAUAUUUUUAAAAACAAUGCUUGUGAAAACCUUGAUGACAAGAAGAACUCAAAGUCGUUAUCCUGUAGAAAAGAGCUGAUUAAUGACCUAGACUCCAUUAGCCUAACUACCGAUGAUCUGUUAAAACUUCCAGCAGAUGGAUCAUUACCUUAUGUCAGACCAAGUCACCAAACUAACAGAAAAAACACGGAAUGCUUCAGAAGACCCAGUUCAUCAGACAUUGAAAAGAAUAUACAUUUUCAAGAACCCAUCUUUCCUGUGGGCAAGGAUAACUUGGUCACUUCUCAUAUAUACACAAACCAUAAUGGAAAGCACCGUGUCAAGCUAAAAAAACCCAAAAGUUUGAAUAAGACUAAUAAAUGUGUUUCUGAACCAUCUUUAUCCAGGAAGUCAUCUUCCAGGGACAUUUCAGAACAUGAUCUUGAAAAGAAUUAUCCGAGAUGGCUAACUAGCCAGAAAUCUGACCUUAAUAUUUCAGGAAUAACUAGUAUCCCUGAUUUCAAGUACCCUGUCUGGCUUCACAAAGACGACUUGCUACCUGAUACGAACAGUCAGAGGACUUACGAGACCUUUAAAGAAGAUCAUUGUUCCCCUAAACACAGUUACCAGGCACAAAGAAGUCCUCGGCUUACAAAGAAGUCGGAUUGUUUAGAAUAUCCCUUUGAACACUCUAACUUGUAUUCUGUGGAUGGCAAGAAAGGAGUAGAUAAGGAAUAUAAAUGUGAUUUUGAACGUGGCCAGUGUCAGUAUGAGAACCCACUUCAAGGACAAUCCAAAAAGCCUUUCAGUGAUGACAAAAUUGAAUUGCUCAUCCUGAAAGCCAAGCGAAAUCUAGAGCAUUCUCCUGAAGACUUACCAGACGCUGUGAAGAAUGAUGGCAGUCCCUGCUCCCUAGAUAAACUUGAAGCAGAAAGAUCAUGGGAAAAUAUCCCUGUUCCUUUCAAAUCACCUGUUCCUGUUUACCCUGAUGAUAAUCCUCAACAAACUUCAAAGGCAAAAUAUUCUAAAGAGUUCCUUGAAAACUUUUUAAAUAAUGAUAAUGAGAGCUGUACUCUCUCAGGAGGGAAACACCAUGGUCCCGUUGAAGCCUUGAAGCAAAUGUUGUUCAACCUUCAAGCAGUCCAAGAAAGUUUCAGUCAGAACAAAUGCACAGAGUUAGUGGAAGGAGCUAAGCAGGUUUCAGAAGAUGAAUUUUCUAAAUUGCAGUUGAGUGAAAGUAUGAUUCCUAUUACUCGAUCACUUCAGAAGGCUUUGCACCAUUUAUCUCGCCUGAGAGACCUGGUUGAUGAUAGCAGUGGGAAACAGUCACCGAAAACGUGA